AUGCGCGGUGUAUUCUUCGUUGCCGUCGCCGUCGCGAUCUUCGCUCGCAGCAGUGCCGAGGCGAAGCUCUUGUCGGAGGCCGCGCCCGGCUUGGCGGCCGACGCCGUGAUCAGUGGCGAGUCUCGCGAGAGAUUCCUUCGAGUCGCCGAUCCCGAAGACGAUGACUUGGCGGCCCCCGCUGACGAUGGGAAAACCGAAGAGCGAGCACCUAAAUUCAAGAGCCUCAAUGAGAUCCACAAGAAGCUGGACGAAGAAGAUAUGGUACAUGUCUCCAAGAUUUUGGGGAACAUGGGUGCAAUUCAUGCCGAUAACAUUGCAAAGGCCCGAGCCGCGCUCAAAGCGGCACACGAAAGCGGUGCUACCACGGCAAACCAGCUUGUGGCCGGGUUGGCCAAGCCUGUGUAG